UCUUUAUUGACAAGUGUGAAUUUUCUUAGCUCUUUCGAGUGAUUGACCAAUAUCCAAUGGAGAAUGGAAGUGAGAAAUGGAAGUUCGAAGGGAACAAAGGGUUGAAUGCUUCAUCUGUUUCAGUGAGAGGCGUUUAUAACAUGCUUAUGGAUUCCAUCAACAAUAAUGAAAACAAGAAAUCAGUUAUUCGUCUCUGUCGUGUAGAUCCCACAGAUAAUCCACUCUUUAAGACUUCCCCUGAUGCUUCUGAAGCUGUUGCUGAUGCAGUUCACUCUUUUAACUUCAACUCUUACCCUCCCACUGUUGGUUUACCUGAUGCAAAGAGGGCUAUUGCAAAUUAUCUAUCUUCUGAUCUUCCAUACCAGUUAUCACCAGAAGAUGUUUUUAUCACUGUUGGUGGCACACAAGCUAUAGAUAUAAUCUUACCUGUUUUUGCACGUCCUGGUGCCAACAUUCUCCUUUCAAGACCAGGCUACCCACAAUAUGAUUCUCGUGCUGCAUGUUGUCGCCUCGAAGUUCGCUACUUUGAUCUUCUUCCUGAGAGAGGAUGGGAGGUUGAUCUUGAUUCCCUUGAAGCUUUGGCAGAUGAGAACACUGUUGCUAUGGUCAUCAUCAAUCCUAGCAAUCCAUGUGGGAAUGUGUUCACAUACCAACAUUUAAAAAAGGUUGCUGAGACUGCAACAAAACUUGGAAUUUGUGUAAUUUCUGAUGAAGUUUAUGCACAUUUGGCAUUUGGAAGCAAUCCAUUUGUGUCCAUGGGAGUGUUUUCAUCAAUAGUGCCAGUAAUUACAAUUGGGUCCUUGUCAAAAAGAUGGUUAGUUCCUGGUUGGAGAACUGGUUGGAUAGCCAAAUGUGACCCCCACAAAAUAUUUCAAAAAACUGGGAUAGUGGCAAAUAUCAUCAGCUAUUUGGAGAUCACUUCUGACCCUCCAACAAUCAUGCAGGCAGCAAUACCUCAAAUCCUUGAGAAAACAAAAGCUGAAUUCCAUUUAAAAAAUCUGAAUAUAAUGAGGGAGGCUGCAGAUAUAUUCUAUGAUGUAUGUAAUGAGAUUUCUUGUUUGACAUGUCCUCACAAACCAGAAGGAGCCAUGUCUGCUAUGGUGGAAAUUAAUUUUGCACAAGUUAAAGGCAUUAUUGAUGAUGUGGAUUUCUGUGUCAAGCUGGCCAAAGAGGAAUCUGUAAUGCUUCUUCCGGGUGUCACUGUUGGUCUAAAGAAUUGGCUUCGGAUUAGUCUUGCUGUUGAUGCUUCUGAACUUGAGGAAGGCCUUAGGAGGUUAAAAGCAUUCAGCCUUCGCCAUGCAAUUAGUUAAUAGCUCUCAUAUCCAAUAUAUUGAGAAUUUGUUUGGCAAUAAUUUUUUUUUUUUUUU